AUGGCUACGAACGGCACUCAAGAGACCAAAGAACCUUUGCUCGACCAGAAGAUCAUCCAAGAAGCUGGACGGCUGGAGAUCAAGGACAAGGACGGCAACAAGGUGCCCUUUCACUCGCUAUUUACCGACAAACCUGCGGAACAACGUCAAUUGAUCGUUUUCAUCCGCCACUUCUUCUGUGGUUCAUGCGAAGACUACAUCAGAGCCGUCACCAAAGAUCUCCCACUCGACCUCCUGGCCGAACACAACAUUGUCCUCACAGUCAUCGGUUGCGGCGAUUCCCAGUUCAUCCAGUCCUACGCCGAACGCACUGGUUGUCCCUACCCAAUCUACUGCGAUCCGACUCAGACGCUUUACAAGAAGCUCUCCAUGGUCAAGACCCUCACAGGUAGCGGCAAAUCUCCGACGUAUUCCAACCGUUCAUUCGCCAACAUCGUGGCUGCCUCCAUGUGGAAUGCCCUCAAGUCUGGUCCAUCUGUCUUGCUAGGCAAAGCCGGGCCUUCUGACCAGAAUGGAGGCGAAUUGCUCUUCCAACAGGGCCAGCUCCAGUGGUUGCACAUCAUGCAAAGCACUGUCGACCACACCUCACUGCCGGAUCUCAAGGCCGUUCUGUCCAUACAAUAG